GUCCUCCGCCUGGACCACCACCUGGGCCACCACCUGCAAAUUUAGGUCCUCCGCCUGGACCACCACCUGGACCUCCACUUGCAAAUUUAGGUCCUCCGCCUGGACCACCACCUGGACCACCACCUGCAAAUUUAGGUCCUCCGCCUGGACCACCACCUGGACCACCACCUGCAGAUUUAGGUCCUCCACCUGGUCCGCCACCACCUUUAAAUCCAUCGCAAUACGUUCAACAGCAAAUGGACCAAUCUGGACCAACAGUAAUACAUGUUUAUGAUUCAACACCCACUUCUGGAACUGAUUAUUGUAAUUAUUGUAGAAAACACGUAUCGGAUCCUAUCAUCCGUAUGAAUGAUACAGGUGUAAUGUGGACAGUUAUUUUGUGUUGUGUUUUCUUGCCGUUGGCAUGGGUUCCCUGUUGUAUGGAAGAUUUCAAAACGCGGAAGUGUUCGGAUUGCGGGAGGGCUUUGAAUCAUUAA